UUGAGAAGAUGAUUAAUAUUUCAUCUUGUGAUUCCCGCCCUCAGAUUGAUCCGAAAACACCUAAAAUCUUGAUUGCAAUUUAUCACAGAUUCUGAGGUGUUCCAUUAUAAAUAUCGUUGCAAAUCAUGUUACAGUAGGCUUGUGAACGUUAAAGUAUUGAACCAUUUAUUGUCAAAAAUGUAUCAGUUUUUAGUUAUUGUAACUCUUUUCACUUUUGCAACAUCAAGUGUUAUUUUGGCCGACAAGGAAUGGACACUGUUUAAGGCAACUUAUGGCAAAAAUUAUCCCAGUCUAGAGGAAGAAAAUUAUCGAAAGAAUAUUUUCAAUGAAAAUUUGAAGAAAAUUAAACUUCACAAUGAAAAGGCCAUUCGAGGUGAACACAGCUAUCAAUUGGGAAUCACAAAGUUUGCUGAUUUGACAAUCGAAGAAAUGACAAUGCCUGAGCUAGAAGUGGAACCACAACCAUUAAAUGUUAAAUUUCAUCAUAAAUCGUAUUUUAAAGCUCCAGAAUCAUUUGAUUGGAGAUCAAAAGGUGUCUUGACUGGAAUUAAAGAUCAAGGUGCAUGUCCAUCUUGUUGGGCAUUUACUGGUGCAGCAACAAUCGAAGCAGCCUAUGCUCAAAAAACCGGUAAAUUGGUUAAUCUUUCAGUUGAAGAUAUUCUGGACUGUGCUCCUGACUCCAAAGGCUGUGAACCAGGAUAUGUAAAUACCGUUUACUAUUAUGCAAAGGAUAAAGGAAUAUAUCGAGACGAUUGUUACCCAUACGAAUCACAUGAUGACCUUUCCAGAAAGGUUUGCCGAGUCAAAUCUGAAUGUGACAGGAUUAAAAUAUCAGAUAUUAUGUAUGUUCGCAAUCGAGACGAGAAUGCCCUUCGUGAUGCUGUAGCUAAGCAUGUUGUCACGGGAUAUAUUUACUCGGAACUUGAAGAUUUCAAGUUUUACAAAGGAGGAAUUUAUACUGGUCCUAAUUGCCCUAAAGAUAAAAUUACACACUUGGUUCCAAUAGUUGGCUAUGGAACUGAAAACGGAACUCCUUAUUGGAUCAUCAAGAACAGUUGGGGUGAACAUUGGGGCGAAAACGGUUAUGGCCGAGUAUUGAGAGGAAACAAUACUUGUGGCAUUGCUACUUAUAGCUCAAGUUACCCGUUACUUUAAUGCUCUCAAAUCAGUAAAAAUCUCAAUCAAAUGCUAAUUUGUAAGUUAUAUUUUUGCCAAUAAAAUAAGAUCAAACAAUCACCAA